AUGCUCAUGAGUUUAUGGAAAAAGGACAUUAAAGACUUAAAAAUUUGCUCAUCAGUUUUUAUCUUGAAGGUACUUACUCUUUUUCAGCAGAUUUCGUUUCGUUUCUUAAAGUUCAAUGCCCAAGCAUCGCUGGCUUUAAAUUCCUCAAUGCCAUCUCUUCUGGCGAUUUUUUUAGAGCAUCAACUUGAAGAUCAGAAGUUUUAA